AUGAAGUCCGCGGUGAAUUCUCGAAAUAACGUGAAAUCCCUAGGGAAUUGUCAAGGAUUUCCUGAAAAUCAGGGCGUGGGGAGAAAUAAUGAAGUCGUAGAUGAUUCACGGGUGACUCUCCGGGGAUUUCUUGGGAAGAAUGUGCACCGUUUUGUUUUGCGUCUGCAGAAAAUUUCAUUUGAAAUUCCAAAAAAAGCAGCAGCCAAAGUGACAUCGCAAGGUUAUGCUGUUCAAAUGGAGAAAGCAAUAAAAACACCUGCAAAAUCGGGCUCAAUCGAUGCAACUCGUAUCGAAAGAUUUGGUUCGAGUCACAAAACAAGUAUAAAGGAUCCGGAGUCGAUUAAUGUGGAAAAAAUUGUUGAAAUAAUAAAUGAAUUUGAAAAAAUAUUUGAAGAUUUAGAUGUGACAACAAUAGUUAUGGAUCAUACCAUGACACAAAAACAACAGUCACCAUGA